GACAGUGGAGAGUAGCUAGAGGAGAUCGACAGAUGAUGGAUCCUGAUGAGAUUAGCACAGGUUGUUCGAGAGUUGAUUAUGUUCCCGACGCGCCUUCUGGGGGUAGCAAGAGGCGGCGAGAUUCCGUGACGGCGGUGUCGGGUGCCAUAACCCGGGUGCUCGACGAUGACAACCUCCUCGGCGAGAUCCUCCUACGCGUCGACUUUCUCACCACCCUCGUCCGCACCGCCACGGUCUGCAGGCAAUGGCUCCGGCAAGCCUCCGACCCUGUCUUCCUCCGCCGCUUCCGCAAGCUCCACCCGCCGCGCCUCCUCGGUUUCUACCUAAGCAAUUGUUUGGAGCAGAGCCCACGCUUCGUGCCGACGCCGAUGCCGCAGACGUCGGAGUUCGCCGAUGUCACCCACCGAGCGAGCUUCCAGUUCAACACCUACAAGUACCACAGCAUAGGGCUCUCCAUCGUGGACUGCUGGGGCGGCAACGUCUUUGUUACCUUGCACAAGUACGACACUGGGAAAAUUGAAUACCCAUUUGCAGUGCAUAGGCCAUUAUUGUGCGUCCAGAGCAGCAUGACCAUCUUCCCACCACUCCCAUGCCACCAACUCCAGAGCAACUUUCUUUAGAGAAAAAAGCGACAACUUGUGCUACUUAUGGAUGGAGUCUACCCACGAGAAAGCCAUGGUGCGCGUAAACAUGUUACAAGAUGGUGUGUGGUGCAUGCAUGCCUCGGGCACGACAGAGGUCCAUGGUAUACCACGGAGCACGAAACUUGUGUUGGUCGACAGUAAAGCAUAUAUUUGUUCCGGAAGCUACGUUCUUGUCUUCGAUCUGAAGACCGCAAGUUUCUCAAAAAUUCAGUACCCACUAGGGGUGGGGUUUCAUGAAGCAGUCAUGUUGUCACGGGCUGAUGAUGAUUCUGGUGUAUAACUCGUUCAUGCUGAGGAGUUUCAACUUGACAUCUGGCUCCACAUGGGAGAUAAUUGGUUGCUGGUGGACACCAUUUAUUUGCGUGGGAUGUAUCCCUAUUCGAGCAUGUUAGAUCACAUUCUUGCGGUUGCGCAUAACACUGAUGUGAGGAUUAGCCAAGUUGGGGCCAACGCUGAGUUCGUGUUCUUGCAAAUGGGAAAUUUCAUUCUAUACUUGGAUAUUAAGUGCAGGACGCUGCAUAAAGCAUAUGAGAUGACAGCUGAAGCUCAAAGUUUUAGGCAUCAAAUUCAACCUUUUAUGAUGAUUUGGUCACCCACAUUCCCUGCACUCAAGGAUGAUCAUAUAAGGUUUGCCUAUUGUCCUUUGGAUGAUUUUUUUUAACAUAAUUUGUUUUUAUUUGUGGUCAUAAUAGAAGGUGCUUAUGUGUGUUACUAUAGAGGACAAAUAUUCUUCUUGACUAUCUAGGGGGGUGGGGGUGAUGAUGGUACUUCCCUACGUCUCAUUUCAUCUCAUUUUGAACAUAUGAUUCAAGCUAUAGGCCCUCCAUGAUUUGUAGACAUAGGGUCAAAUAAAUAAAUUUGAAACAUGACAAUAAAAGGAAGAAAGGAAAAUUUAGCUUCAUGUUCAUGCUCGUAACAGUAUUAUCUCCACGCUGAUGCCUCGAGCUGUGCUUUUCACUCUGGAGUAGCGCACUGCUAUUUGGCUAGUGUUGCAUGCUAUGAUGAGGGAGGGCGUACCCUGACAUGAGUGCACAGUCCGUGUUGAGAAGAACUAAAUUGGAGGGAUAGGGGGUUGUUAUUAUUUAGUACCUUUAGAAUAUUACUGUAUGAUAUUGUGUGAUAGAAUGAAUUUUGCGAGCGAUUUCAAUUAUGAGUCACGAUAGU